AUGGCUCCACCAUCACUGGAGCAGCUAGAAACACUCCUGGGCUUCUUGGAGGAGAACAAGGAGCUAAAGCAGGAGCUGUCGGCGACAGGAGGAGGUGAAUAUAAUAUAAAAGAUUUAACUCCUCUUCAGGAGCGGCUGUAUGCCAUAUUGGGGAAAGAUGUUGGGGAGCCUUUGCCUGGAGUCCGCCACAAUCCCCUAAAUAAUUCAUCACUUGAGGCUGUGCAGAAUGAAGUUUCUGUGGAAUAUAUGGAGGAAGUAUACCCUGAAGACCCUUUGGCCGGGCCAUCAUGGGCAGAACCGACGGCGUUACCGCCACAUGUCGCCGCCAUAAACCAAGAGGUGCUCGCAGAGGUGCACGCUAGUGAGCUCGACAUUGCUGAGCCGCCAGCGCCGCCAACGCCCCAACCUGCGCCACCAACGCCCCAACCUGCGCGGCCAAUGCCCCAACCUGACUCUGCUGGGCCGCCGAGGCGACGUCGUCGACGACUGAACGAGGGACGUCAUGAUCAAGAACAAACACUUUUGGAGCAGGCUCAGCAGAGGCACUCCGAAAUUGACGCCCAGAACGCCAGGGCGACGGUGAGGCUGGCCGAAAGCCACGAAAGACGGGCUGAAGCCACCUUCAAACUCGCCGAAAGCCAAGUGAAGAUGGCAGAGAGCCUAGGAAAAGAUGCUGAGGGCAAAAUGCAAAUUGCCCAGGCAAUAACUAGGCUCUGUGCUAUAGUAGAAAAUUACGGGGCCAAAUUUUUCCAAACGUCAGUCAGCUCUCCCGUAAAGACGCUCAAGAGGAAACAUAGAACGCCGCCGUCGCCGCCGCCGGAUACUGAUAGCGACUAAUAGCUAUGAUAGGCCUAUCAACGAGCGCCUGCUGAAAUGCCCGUCCUUCUAACAGGUCCCUAUUAAUACGACGAUUGCGUUGAUCAUCGUUGAUGGCAUUAAGUAAAAUGCCAGCCUCAGUCGUCAACUGAUUGCCAACCUGAAAAUAUAAUAUAACAUUGUUGAUUUUUCUAGAUUGUUUAAUUUAAAGUUAGAUUAUUGUUGCUUUCUCUACACUGUUUAAUUUAAAGUUAGAUUAUUGUUAUGUUUCUAGAUUGUUUUAUUUAAAUAUACAUCUUAUAUGUAUAUUAAAAUUUAUAGUUAAAACUUUAGGUAAGUACUCUAAUGUAGCAAAUUAAAGACUGAUUAUUGCCAAAUAUAACAUUGUUGAUUUUU